AUGUCGAGUUCCUCGGAGCCUACAGACCUGGAUGCGCUAGAGAGUUCGGAGUCAGAAACGACGUCUACAGACGUGGAGGGGCCAGGGACUUCGGGGUCGGGCUACAGUGGCACUUCGGACAGCGAGUACUCAGAGUACAGCGUAUGCUUCGACUCCAGCUCCAGUGACGUUGCUCUACCAGACUGGGAUGAGGCUUGUGAGCGCGCAAAGCGAGACCCGGUGCAGUCCCAGAGACUGAACCGUGCGCAGCGACACUAUGUUUCUGGAUGGGGAAACUCGAUGUUGUGCCGCACUGGCAUGCUGGGACGGGUGAAAAAAUUCCUGAACUACGACUUCCCGGUGAUGUCCGAUUGCUCUGGAGCCGAAGGCGGACUUCUUGCUCUCAAGGCGCUGGGGAUCAAGGUAGACCACAUCAGCUCCUCCGAGAUCAACUGCAUUGCAACUGACUUCAUCGCUCACAACUUCCGGUUCUACCCGGAUGUUUGUAACCGGACGCUGCAGCUCGAAAACUACCGAUGCGGCGCCCUCAUCGCCGGCUUCCCGUGCCAACCGUUCAGUGUGCUUCGCAGAGACAGCGAUCUUCUCGACGAAGAGGCUGCACGGCCUUUUUUCGCCAUCGUGAAGACCAUCGGCGAGCUUCGGGUGCCCAUCUAUAUCCUGGAGAAUGUGAAGGGGAUACGAAAAUGCCUCGGAGCCGUGAACGAUGAGCUGGGAAAGCUCAGGGACUACUAUCAUGCAAUCAUGGAGAUUGACAGCAAAGAGAUUGGGGAUGUCGUGAGCAGACCCCGGCUGUAUUUCAUCGGUGUUCUGAGGAGCCUCGCAGCCCCUGAAAUCACUUCGAAUGCGAAGCUGCAGAAGGCCUUGAACGCAAUCCUCGCAAAGGCUAAGAGGAACUGCACCCCGCCGACGCCCUGGCAUGAACUUCUAUUGGACGACUCCGAUGCGGUCCAGGAGGCGCCGAGCAAGAGACGGAGGCAAACCCAAUUGGAUUUGCGCUAUUUGACGCUCGGCCUUGCAUUUGAUUAA